AUGCCUAAGGGUAAAAAGUCAAAGAUUCCGCGAAGCUCAGGUGAAAGUGUGCAUAGCCCAAUAUGGUCCGUAACCCGUCGACAGCGUACCGAGCUUUCACCGCGGCGAGACGAUGAAACCGGAUCAACGCAGACAUUUAGUUCACGGACAGUAACUACUACCGAACGCAUACAAAUGAUCCCAGUGCCAGACAACUUUGAUACACCUAUGGAUGUCCUAAUACCAAUAGAUAAGAGUGAAAGGUAUUUUGCAACAACAACAAUAACAAAUGAAUCUCAUAGCAUACCAAUCAUAAGCGGUAUAACCGUGAACGGAGUUCCACUUUAUACGGGUUUAUAUACUGUGCCGAAAACAACGGAAACGAAAGAAGUAAGGACAAUGAUGACAACGACAACGACAACAACAUACAGCAUUAUUGAAAUUGACGACAGUGAGGAAGAGUUGAAAGUGGAAACGGAAGAGAAAACAAUACCGGAAAGUACACAAAUAACAUUGGAUUUUCCGCUAGACUACGAAGUUGUCGAUUUCAAAGAUUUGGUUGCAGAAUCGUCUGAAGAGGAAAAAGAGCACCUUUACGUAGUGGUGGGCAAAAAAGAUUCACCAACCCGAACAACUGAUGCAGCAGACUACGUAGUAAAGAUGAUCGACAUCGACCUACCAUCCAGUCAGAGAAAAGGUUGGACAAGCAUAGAAAGAAUACCAGAUGCAGAAUCUGAACGAUUAAAGCAGAGUGAAGCAGAAGGAUACAUUGAGAGGCAUGACUAUGACGCCUAUGAAGGAACUGUUGCAUCCACUAGUCGAACAAGCGAGAUAGACCAAAAACCAAUCAAUCAGUACGUGACCGUGUAUCACAACGGAGUAUCACCAGGAGAGCUAGAUCUGGAGGAGAAAAGGAUAAAUAAAGAGAUUUCAACCGUAGUUGCAAAACUUUCUGGAGCAUACAAAAGAGCAUCAAUUGAAGGGGAGCAUACAAUAUACACGGACGCGAAAACAGAACAAAUUACACAGCAAGAGACACAAAGUGCAUCACGGCAAAUAAAAGAGUCACCACAAAGAUUGAAAUCGACAUAUACGGUUCGAUUUUCUGAUCCAUUUCGCAUUGAAGCAGACGAUUAUUCAUGGAUCCGGCAGGAAAACCAGCGAGAAAAUAUAUUAGAGAAAGCAAAAAAAGGACAAAAGCAGGCACGCGAUCAGUGCAAAAGACAAAAAGAACAGCAAACAACGCAAAGAAAAAGAAAGGACAUAAAAAUAACCGAAGAGACAAGACAAAAGAAAACGUUUGCUGCAGCAAAGAUUACCACCGGACUUUUCAAAAAAGAUGAAACAUACCUGGAUUAUCCUGCAAUGGAAACAUAUGAAGGCCCAGUUGAUUCAAUUUAUCGGAUACAGGAUGUUGAAAGUGAACCGAUUGAACAUCUGGUCACUGUCUAUCAUAGUGGUCGUUCCGAUGAAUUUGUACCGAUGGAAGAGAAGAAACCCUCCGUAGAUGUGGGUGAAGUUUUCACAGAUGCUGCUCAAGCACUUGGAGCGAAAAUCACCGGUCUUUUCAAAAGAGGUCCCGCUCAUCUGGAUUAUCCAACAUCAGGCCCAUAUGAUGGACCGUUGGCUUCAACAAGCCUUGCAUGGGAUGUGGAAGGAGAGCCAUUGCAACAGCAUGAUGUUGAAAGUGAACCGAUUGAACAUCUGGUCACUGUCUAUCAUAGUGGUCGUUCCGAUGAAUUUGUACCGAUGGAAGAGAAGAAACCCUCCGUAGAUGUGGGUGAAGUUUUCACAGAUGCUGCUCAAGCACUUGGAGCGAAAAUCACCGGUCUUUUCAAAAGAGGUCCCGCUCAUCUGGAUUAUCCAACAUCAGGCCCAUAUGAUGGACCGUUGGCUUCAACAAGCCUUGCAUGGGAUGUGGAAGGAGAGCCAUUGCAACAGCAUGUUAGCGUUUAUCACAGUGGACGUUCCGACGAACCGAUGACAAAAAUAGUUGAAAUACCAACCGAAAUAUCACUUGAGGAAGUACCAGUGGUAGAAAAACCAACUGUUACUGCCAAGAUAAUCACCGGACUUUUCAAAAAAGAUGAAACAUACCUGGAUUAUCCUGCAAUGGAAACAUAUGAAGGCCCAGUUGAUUCAAUUUAUCGGAUACAGGAUGUUGAAAGUGAACCGAUUGAACAUCUGGUCACUGUCUAUCAUAGUGGUCGUUCCGAUGAAUUUGUACCGAUGGAAGAGAAGAAACCCUCCGUAGAUGUGGGUGAAGUUUUCACAGAUGCUGCUCAAGCACUUGGAGCGAAAAUCACCGGUCUUUUCAAAAGAGGUCCCGCUCAUCUGGAUUAUCCAACAUCAGGCCCAUAUGAUGGACCGUUGGCUUCAACAAGCCUUGCAUGGGAUGUGGAAGGAGAGCCAUUGCAACAGCAUGUUAGCGUUUAUCACAGUGGACGUUCCGACGAACCGAUGACAAAAAUAGUUGAAAUACCAACCGAAAUAUCACUUGAGGAAGUACCAGUGGAUGUCCUUCGCGAUCACUCAGUUUCGGAAACGUAUGUUGGGCCUUUAUCUCAUCUGCCCUUCUCACGUGAUGUUGAAUGCCUUCCAUUGCAGCUGUUUGUCAAUAUUUAUCACUCUGGUCGGUCGGAUUUGAUGCCGGGGGAGUUGCCUUUUCACUUUUUUGCUCGGGAAGAUAAAAUAUCUGAUACUAAGGUCGAAUCACGACUUUAUCCACCUUUCAAAGAUACUGAUUUCCAUGAUCGCAUGUUUCAGUUUGAUAAUGUGAAGCCCUUGGUUCCUCCUUGUACGGCUGCUUAUGCUGGUAAUGAAUACAAAAUAUGUCGUCCUCUGGAACCACCUACAUCGCCGUCAAAACCGGAGCAUAGAGCGAAUGACUUUGACAUAUCCAUCAGCGGGAGAAUUGCAAGCGGACGCACGCUACCGGUUGGUAUUGCACAUCCUGUGCCCAAGAUCUCGGAAAUACCAAAAAGUCGGCAUUAUGACGAAAUUGCAGAGGUCAGACGUUCCGAAGUGACAUCAACACCUCAUGAUUUUGAUUAUCAUCGCAAAACUCGUGAAGUGGACUACUGGAUCGGACGACGUUCAGAGCGUCAGUCGAAGCCAUAUCGCGAUCUUACCGCUGAUAUCGGCAUCGACUUAGCAUCAGAUGUUGGUUGGGAGGAACGUAAUAUAUUCGAGACUCAACCGCUAGAAACAACUGGCAUACGACAAAGCGCUCGUGAUUACUCAACAUAUCCCAGUAAAGUAAGAGCGCGAAAAGUUUCUCCAACAGCUCACUUACAUUGGACAACGGUCAGUGAAAAGACAUCUAUCUCGUAUAAAAAACGUAUCUCUAUUGAACGACGCCGACCGCACCAAACUUCAUCUCCCCAACUUGCUACUUAUCGACGUCAAUACCGACCACCACCACCACCACCCGAAGUUUCAGCUUACGCCCGUCAUGAUAGAGCCGUUUUUGAGAGCAGUACAUUACCUCGAACAUAUGCUGGAGUUGCAAUCGAGGGUGACUUACGUAUGCAACGUGCUCGAUAUGAAGCCUCAUCUCUACCUUCUAGCUAUUAUUCCAGCACUGAAACAAGAAUCGAGCGUAAUCCGGUUCGUUAUGAUCUACCACGUCCCUCAACACCACCACGUUAUGAGUACUGGGCCGGAGAACGUAAUAAGUGGACCGUGGAAGGUUCACCAAAGCAAUUCUCUAUUACAGAUCAAAAUGGUCAUUCUGCAUAUGAUGACUAUUACAUGAAACGUACCAAACAAGAAGCUUUGCAUUAUCAGAAAUCGAAUCUUGAAGAAAUACCUAUUAUAUCACUGAUAAAGGACUUACCAAUGAUAGAAGAUGGUGCUGAUGAAUGUUCAUGCGCAUCCAUAUUGCCAGCAUCAAGGAUAGAAACACAAGAUUUGCCACCUGGUGAGCAUUCUCGUCCAUCUCGAUCAGCACCGCUGCGUCGUGCAAGACAACGUAUCCGUAAUCUAUGCACAAUGUUAUAAUAUGGCAUUUGCUGUAUUAUAGCAUUCCAGAAACCGGAGAUUUGGACUUAACCAACAGAAAUAUCGUGGAUUCACUCUCAAAUUAUUCGAAACAUUUUCAUAUAAAAUUUGUUAGUUCAACUAGCGAUAUCGAAUGUUGCUGUGAAUUAUGAGUGGCGCUUUCUAUGCAUUUAAUUGCUGUAACAGGCGGG